AUGGGGUUGAGGAAUGCGGAACUUCAUAGGCGCACAAUCAGGGAUCUCUCCGACAAGGGAUUUACUGUUUUAGUGCAGGAGGCGGUGCUGAGUUGCAUGGGUGCGCGGACUCCACGUAUCCCAUACUUCUCUUUACUUUCCCCCAAAGUGAACGAGGCGGUGUCUACCCUUUUGUCUCUCACGCAGUUGGUCACGAAAAGCAAUGCAGACUUUGAUGCGGCACUUCAGAGGACCCAGGCUGCCUUGAAAAGACUUGCCGCAGAGUCUCUUGGAGAUGCGGAAAUAUUACUACGAGGUGAAGAUGUGACUGCGGCUUUAUCAUAUACUACCUUUUUGGCGCGGUUCCGUGCAUUGUGGGUUUUUUUGUUUGGCUUCACGUAUCCACCAUCCUCACUGCAAGUUGUUCCUCCUCAUAUUUUUGCUGUUCGAUGGCCUGAGGUGUUAUGCGACGACACGAUUGGAUGGAUUUGUGCAACCCGGGAAGAAGCUGGGCGGUCAUUUGCCUCAAUUCAAUCUGGAACUGCUUCGCAUUUGACUUAUUUUGUGUUUAUAUUGCAACAUACAUUGUCAGUACGCACAGUAUUAUUGGAGUGCGUCGCGGAAAUGAUGGUAAAUUCUGCAGUGCGUUUUGACGUUAUGUCCGUAGUGCGGAGCAUGUAUAGGGCGUAUGAGACCUUGGAAGAGAUGGCUGAUCUUCAGGAGACGUGGAAACAAGAGGGGUUAUUCUCGGAUGACUUUAUUACGAAGUACACAUCGUCUUGUGCUUCUGAUGCUGGAGUUAGCGGCGUUUUUUGGGAUGAUUGUGGAUUGGAUUUGGUUCUUUCUCCCACCAGGGCACAUGCAAAGUCGACUUUUCUCUGCCCUUUUCUUUGGAUUCUAGAAAACUUGGUGUGGUGCUUGUACGGACGCCUAACACUUCUCUUCCAAAGUUGUUUCAUAGCCCUCCCCCCUGAGAUUUCUCCUCACCAGGCCGUGAAGGAUGUGGGAGGCACAGGCGUGGCGAAUAAUGAAGAGGGUCCCACGGUAGUUCAGCGCAAUUUCCCUGAGUUGAAUCGUUCAUUUGGGAGGAGACAAGAAAGUCGUGGGGAUUUGGUGGACAGUUCUGCUAUUGCCGCUGAAAAAGUUUCUUUUUUACAUCGGAGGACGACGACUACGACCACGAGCGUGUAUGUGGAGCCGAUGACAACAGGCUCAAAGUUGCGGUUAAGUUUUCCUUCGUUGACACGAGGUGAUUCUGCAACACGCCUCGUGGAGGAUGACUCAUUGCAAGCAAGUCGGAUUGAGUUUCAUUCACCGUUUGAUUUGAAUUUUAAUGGCGCAGAGAGUAAUGAGAGAGGGUUUUUGGAUAAAGUUGGUUGCCACAUACUGGCGCAAUUAUUAUGGAAUAUCACCCAUGAGCGACCCCGUUCCACGUUUUUUGUGGUCACUGACUGUACACGGCGUCCAGGGCCGCGUGCGUGGCAACGCAAUCAUUGCACUGUGACUACUUGGGCAGAUGAUGUUUCGGGUCGACAAGGGAUUGAGCAUUGGGUGCUGAAUUUUGUGUGUCCGAACUCUCGACUGUCAGAGAAUCCCGCGAAACGUGCGCAGCAGGAGAUCAUGCUUCUAAGAGCAGUUGUUUUUCAAGUGUUGGGAUCAACGCAGCGGAGAGCGCGGUUUACGAACGAUGGUUCCGUUUUUUAUGUGGUGCGUAGCGAUAAUGAAAUGGACGGAGGAAGGCUUUACUUUGUUCUCCUGCUUCAACGCGAUACCAGCACCACACAUCCAAGCGUUGGCGUACGUGAUAUUACCUCAAAGAAGGCGGUAGAAUUGGAGUCCUGCUGGGCAUUUCGCUCCUUGGAGGAGGUGUGUGUGGCAUGGUGUAUGCCUCAUCUAUGCAACUUGGCCAUCCGUCUGGCGGCGUUGAUCUCGUCGUGA